ACGAAAUGCUCACAUGCAUCUCACGUGAACUUCAAAAAUACCAAAUUAGCAAGGGGCUGAACCAGUUGAGAGGAGAGAGAAACCAAGGGUUCCUUCAGUUGAGACUUAGGAAGAGAGAUGAUCUAACAAGAAGAAUCAUCAUCGCCGACCGCCUCGCCGUCAAAAAGACAUCGUUGUUAUCGUCGUCGUAUAGCCGCUGGUAUGCCUUUUUAUUUUUCGCACUCUAUUUUCCAAUCCUCCAUGAUCUGCUAGAAAGGGAGACAACGCAAGUGCAUUUAUUCUGGUUUUGGUGGCGAUUUACUAUAAUUUUCCCCAAUGGGUGAUUUGUUCACAUUUUUUUGUUGGGAUUUGGUUGAUUUCGGUCCUGGUGGUUGACUUCUCUUGCUAGCUAUAUACUGGGUUUUUGUUAAAGAUCUUGUGCUUCCCAUAUGUUCGUCAAUAUUGCUCUGCAAAAUAGUGAAAGAACGCGCCGCCACCACCGACGGUGGUUGCGGAGAUUGAAAGAUAAAGAACAAACAACCAAUCAAUCGUGUGAGUGAGAGAGAGAUAGUAAAUCAACCGCUCCAAAUUUUCCCAGACUGAAAGGAAUUACUAUAAUAUUUACUUCAACUUAUACUUUGUUGAGCAGCCACUCUUGAUAUGAAUAUUUUGAAGCAGCUUGUGCCCACCAAACAUCACUUCAGUGGUUUAACCAAGCAUUGUAGAGCACUGCGUUCUUCCUACCUCCAUUCAUCCACAGAUGCCUCAGUUGAAGUUCAUUCUCCAGAGCAGGAGGUAGUGAUUGCUUUGGGAAGCAAUGUGGGAGACAGACUAGAUAAUUUUAAUAACGCCUUGGAGUUGAUGAACAAAUCAGGCAUAAAUAUUACAAGACAUGCUUGUUUGUAUGAAACAGCUCCAGCAUAUGUGACUGAUCAGCCUAGCUUUCUCAAUUCUGCGGUCAGAGCCGUUACUAAACUCGGCCCACAUGAAUUACUGGGAGUGCUCAAGCAAAUUGAAAAAGACAUGGGUCGUUCCAGUGGUAUAAGGUAUGGUCCAAGGCCAAUUGACUUGGAUAUAUUGUUUUAUGGAAAGUUCAAGGUCCACUCUGAUAUUCUUACCAUACCCCAUGAAAGAAUUUGGGAGAGACCAUUUGUAAUGGCCCCUCUAAUGGAUUUAUUGGGUUCAUCUGCUGAUUGUGAUACAGUUACUUGUUGGCAUUCCUUUUCACUGCUAUCUGGUGGACUUCUAGAGUUUUGGGAGAAAAUGGGUGGUGAAUCCCUUAUUGGAAAGGAAGGCAUGAAAAGGGUUUUACCCAUUAAAAGUGGUUUAUGGGACUGGUCACAGAGAACCUCUGUCAUGGGUAUCCUUAAUGUGACCCCAGAUAGUUUUAGUGAUGGAGGAAAGUUUGUCUCUGUGGAGGCUGCAGUUACUCAGGCCCGCUUGAUGAUUUCUGAAGGGGCUGAUAUGAUUGAUAUUGGUGCUCAAUCUACACGGCCAAUGGCCUCUAGGAUAUCUGCUGAAGAAGAAUUAGAUAGACUAAUGCCUGUUUUAGAAGCUGUUGCAGGGAUGCCGGAGGCAGAGGGAAAGCUCAUAUCAGUGGAUACUUUCUAUUCAGAAGUUGCUUCUGAAGCAGUUAGCAAAGGGGCUCAUCUUGUAAACGAUAUAUCUGCUGGGCAAUUAGAUUCUAACAUGCUUAGGGUGGUUGCUGGCCUUAGGGUUCCAUAUAUUGCAAUGCACAUGAGAGGGGAACCACAUACAAUGCAAAAUAGCGAAAACUUGCAGUAUGAUGAUGUUUGUAAGCAGAUAGCGUCUGAAAUAUACUCAAGGGUUAAGGAUGCAGAAUUAUCAGGUAUCCCAGCUUGGAGGGUAAUUAUUGACCCUGGAAUUGGAUUCUCAAAGAAAACUGAACAUAAUUUGGACAUCCUAGUGGGAUUACCAAACAUCCGUGCCGAGAUUGCAAGGAAAAGUUUUGGUGUCUCUCAUGCUCCCAUGCUGAUUGGACCCUCCAGAAAGAAAUUUUUAGGUCACAUUUGCUCUCGAAUUGCUGCAGAUGAGAGAGAUCCUGCCACUAUUGCUUGUGUCACUGCCGGUGUUUUGGGUGGAGCAAAUAUUGUACGAGUACAUAAUGUAAGAGACAAUGCAGACUCUGUGAAGGUUUGUGAUGCAAUGCUGAAACAGAGGAGCACCAAAAAUCUCUCUUGAUGUUUGCUUUGUAACGUGACGUUUAUUUAGUUAACGCAGUGUUGUCAGCUUACAAAAGUGCAUGGCAUUAACCAGAUUCUUUGUUUUUUUUUUUUUUUUUUUUUUUUUUUUAAGUCGCCAACCAUGUACUCAGAAAUUUUGUUGUAUUAAUAUUUUUCCUUCAAUAACCUAUUGGAUUUAGCUAUCUUCUCA